AUGCUGCUAUUUCUUCACCGGCCUUUCGAGGCGCUGGCGACGAAGCUUGCGGCCUCUCCUGACGAACUCAAGUUGACGUUUUCGUUCCUGCUCUCGUAUCCGCUGGCUGGAAUCCUCAAGCGCCUGCCGGACUCGAAGCCACUCCGGAAGAAUAUCUUCAUCAUCCUUGUCUCGCUCUUUUACCUUGUUGGUCUGUUCGAUUUGUGGGAUGGCAUCGUCACGCUCCUUAUCAGCGCUGGCGGUACCUACGCCAUUGCAAAGUACCUACGCGCCAGCCCGUAUAUGCCGUGGAUCGGCUUCGUCUUCGUUAUGGGGCACAUGUCCGUCAGCCACAUCUACCGCCAGAUGAACAACGACCCGUCCGUCGUCGAUAUUACAGGGGCCCAGAUGGUUCUCGUCAUGAAGCUUUCGGCCUUUUGCUGGAACGUGGCCGAUGGCCAGCUUCCGGCCGACCAGCUAACCGAGUCCCAGCAGAGCCGGGCCUUGAAAGAGCUGCCCCCGCUGGUCGAUUACGCGGCCUACGUGCUCUUUUUUCCCUCACUGUUUGCAGGCCCAGCUUUCGAUUACGCCGAGUACCACCGAUGGAUCGAUACGUCCAUGUUCGAUGUCCCCGCCCAGGUCGACCCAGCGAAGAAGCCUCCCGUGCGUAAGAAGCGCAAGAUUCCUCGCAGCGGCACGCCAGCCACCAUCAAGGCCGUGACGGGACUGGUCUGGAUCGGUCUCUUUGUUGCGCUCUCGGGCAGAUACAGCCCUACGCUCGUCCCCACCGAAGCCUUUGCCGAGCGGUCGUUUCUGCAGCGUAUCUGGUACAUCCAUAUGGCCAGCUUGGUGACCCGCUUCAAGUUUUAUGGCGUAUGGGCGCUGACCGAAGGCGCGUGCAUUCUCACCGGCCUAGGCUACAACGGCGUCGACCCCGUCACCGGCAAGGUUUCGUGGAAUCGGCUCCAAAACGUCGAUGCGUGGAGCGUUGAGUUUGCGCAGAAUCCGCGCGCAUAUCUGGCUGGGUGGAACAUGAAUACGAAUAACUGGCUGCGCAACUACAUCUACCUGCGGGUCACGCCUCGGGGCAAGAAGCCUGGAUUCCGAGCGAGCAUGACGACGUUUGUGACGAGCGCUUUCUGGCAUGGCUUUUACCCGGGCUAUUAUCUUAGCUUUAUGCUGGCUAGCCUGAUUCAAACAUCUGCCAAGAAUUUCCGCCGCCACGUCCGCCCCUUUUUCCUCGAUCCCAUCACCGGCGGUCCGACUCCCAAGAAGAAGUACUACGAUUUUGCCACCUAUCUCGUCACCCAGCUCACUUUUACCUUUACGACGCUGCCCUUUUUGAUUCUCGGCUUCGGCGACUCCCUCCGCGCGUGGGCCAAUGUAAACUUUUACGCGUUUGCCUGGACCCUUGCCGCCAUGGCCUUUUUUGCAUCGCCCGGAAAGGUGGUGCUGAAGAAGAAGCUCGAGGCUCGCCAGGGCAAGGCUAGUGCCCGCCUGAAGCGGUCCAUUAGCAGCGAGAGUUUGUCCGGAAAGGAGCCCAUUUUGGGUAUUUCGAAGGAGCCGGAUGAGGAUCUUGCGGAGGCUGUGAGCGAGUUUAGGGCGGAGAUUGCGGCGUUGCAGAAGAGGAAGACGCGGUAA